AUAGGUGGGCCACCGAAAGAAGAAGAUAGGGUAUUCGGUGAAGAAGAGACAAGAGAUGGGAGCAAGGAGAUAUCAACAAUGGUGAUUUUGGUUCAAGGUGGGAGAGACAGACAAAAUAGAGGACCCAUUUCUAUUAUUUACUUGAAUGGAAGGUUGGUGUUGGAGGAAAUGGAAGUGUGGACAUGGAAGAGGGACUUGGUUUCACUGUUCCAAGAGCUCAUCCUCUGCUCUAGGUUCCAGUGGCUAGGCUCAAUCCAUUUCAGUCAAAGUAGCCUUCUGUAG